GUCUUUCAAAGACAUUAAUAACCCUAACUAGAGUGAUAACCAACGCCUUUAAAACCCUAAUCCUCGCUUCUGCUUGUUUCUGUUAGUUAUUUGAAGCUGCGUCUCAGUACGCCGGAGCCCUUUCCCUCUCUCUUGCAAAGUCACUGCAAUACAAAAUGUCUCUGGUGGCAAAUGAGGACUUUCAGCACAUUUUGCGUGUGCUUAACACUAAUGUUGAUGGGAAGCAGAAGAUAAUGUUUGCUUUGACCUCAAUAAAAGGAAUUGGGAGGCGUUUCGCCAACAUUGUCUGCAAGAAGGCUGAUGUUGACAUGAACAAGAGGGCUGGUGAAUUAACUGCUGCUGAGCUGGAUAAUCUUAUGGUCAUUGUUGCAAAUCCUCGUCAGUUCAAGAUUCCAGACUGGUUUUUGAAUAGGCAGAAGGAUCACAAGGAUGGGAAAUAUUCUCAAGUUGUCUCUAAUGCAUUGGACAUGAAGCUGAGAGAUGAUUUGGAGAGAUUGAAGAAGAUCAGGAACCAUAGAGGUCUGAGGCACUACUGGGGUCUUCGUGUCAGGGGACAACACACUAAGACCACUGGUCGUCGUGGAAAGACUGUUGGUGUCUCUAAGAAGCGGUGAAAAUCUGUUGACUGGGUUGAAUUAAUAUAUGGGUUGGGAGAGUUGGUUCCUUGCCACAGGUUUUUGCACUAGGAAAGUCCAGAUGUUUUUUGCACUAGGAAAGUCCAGAUUUUUUUUUGUUAGAUAGGAAGGGUUUUGAUCCCAUUAAGCAUUUAUCUGUGGAAGUGAGUUGCAGAAUCAAAUAUUAUUAUAUGCUGUUUAGAAUGUUUGUAUGUGAUUUUCUAUGUUUUUUUUUUCUAUAUAAAAUUAUUAUUUGUUUUGGCUUA